ACGAAAAUUUGACGUCUUGUUCGCAAACAAGCCGGAUCAAUAGAUCUGUAAAUAAUUGAGGUUAUAUUUGCUAUUUAAAUUAAAAGAUUAACUAAACUGUUACUAAUGUGUUAACGUUUACCCUUUAAUAAAGCAAUAUGUCAGAUUUAGACGAACCGCCGACUAAAUUGACCAAAAUGGGAGGUCAAGCUAUGGGCUCUGCCGAAGGUCUAGAAUUGGAUGAAGAGGAAAUGGAGGCGCAAGAAGAAUGGCUCAGCGAAGGAGUGCUUACUGAUGAUGAAUACAACCAAACGUGUGAACAAGAAACACUAGAUCAAUCUGAAUUGGCUACUCAAGAUGAUGAUGCUACCCCUAGCAUUGAUUCCUUGGAAGAAAGUCAAGAAUGGAAUAAAACAAAGCAAGAAAAUGAUAGUAUGCUAGAUGAGAAAUCACAAGGAAUAGAUAAGGAGUCGACGGUAACUGUCUCGGUGACAAGAAAUGAGGUACAGAAUAUUGAAGAGGCCCUUAAUAACUUGGACACAAAAAACGAACUAGCUGAUGACUUAGAUGCUUUUCUUAUAAGGAAAUCUGAUGGUCAAGUUAUCAAACCUGAUGGUACGAAAUCAGAAAGCAAGCAAGAGGAAGACGGUAAUGAUACAGAUGAUUUAUUGAGGUUGCUAGGCGACGAAGAUACCAAGAAGAAAGUAUUAACAAAGAAGUCGUCAAAAGUGAACGAAGCUUCCACUGAUGAUGAUGAGUUUAUAUACGAGGAUUCAAAGAUAAAGAAACUGAAAUUAGCCAAGAACAUUAUAUUCAAGAAUCAAGUUCCUACUAAAGCAAAGUUUGAUGAGACAUCAGACGAUGAUCGCUCGGAGUCCUCAGGAGAACAGAAGGCGGUCAAAAAGUCGGCAAGAGUUGCAGCGAAACCGGUCGCGGCCAAGAGCACGACGAAACUGCCCCACAACGAUAAGUCAAGCAAAAAUGUACCUUACGUCAAUUUAGAGAAGGUUAAAGUGGUCCACUCAACACCUGCCCGAUGGAAGCCAAAAUUCGAGACGAAAGAGAAAUCUGAUGAGUCUCCUUCGGUCAGGAAGUCGACGGUCUCCUCACCAGCCCACGGCAGGAGCAGUAGCAGGACUGCUUCCGUCACAGUCCGAAACCUCUCUAAAGAAACUAAAUCAGUUGUUGGCGUUAAAUCGUCAAGGUCUUCGAACCACUUGAAGAGCAAGGAGACGGCUGAUGAGGAUCUCCUCGAAGAUGAAGAGGACCACAAGCCUGAGGAUAAAAAAACUAGUAAAAAUAAAUCCGCCAAAAGCGUCGCGUUCAAGAGACAAGCGCCCGACGAAACUUCGGACGACGAAGACACAGACCUGUCCUCAGGCGAACCUAAGCCGGUGGCGAGGACCGUCGCGAAGAAACCGAUCGCUUCGAAGAGCACCGCGAAACCGCCCCACGUCGACAAGUCGAGCAAAAACGCACGUAAUGACCUAGGGAAUAAGAAUAAAAACGCGACGUCGCGACUGAAGCAAAUAUCUGAGAACGACAGGAAGUUCGAUGAGCUGUUGGCCAACAAGCCGGGCGGCGCGGGGCGGGCGGGGGGCGGGGGCGGCGGGGACGCGGUGGUGGCGCAAUCGCACCCGCCCCGGCCGGCGAGGUCGGUCGAGAGCGAUGAGAUAAUCGAUGAGGAGGAGUUCCUUGAAGACGAAGAGGACUUCGAACUCGACGAUGAGUUCGAUGAGGAGUCGGAGCUGGACGAAGGGAAGCAGCGUAUCAUGAGGCCGGAGUACAUGGACGAGGAGGUGCCCUCGGACGCCGACAGCAGAUCCGAUGAAGGCAGCCUGUAUGAUGAGUUGCCCUCGUCGGACUCUGAAGACAUGGACGACUGGUUCAGUCUGGACCUGAGGACGGAGCGCGCGCCGGACUACCUGCCGCUGCUCGGUCCAAAGGCGCGCGAACUCCUCCUGGAAGAGAAGAGGCGAGUGUCGGCCCGCGUGAACACCCUCCGACAGAGUCUCAGCACUCUAACUGAGAACAGCAGGAAGAAGGCGGAGCUGGUCAGGUCCGCUACGAUGGCGCUCGCCGAAAUAGACGACGUCCUCAGAGCGACUUGAAGAAAAUAAAAUAGAGCUUAACAAAAACAAAAACAAAAAAAACAACACCCUGUAUACUGCCUAAAAGGUCGAUGACCUCUGAAAGGUCGAUGACCUCUAGCUACCAAGUCCUGCCGUAGAUAAUAAAUGGAAAUGAAUUUUUGUGUUUGUCUGUUUGUGAUGUUUCGGGGAGGGCUUUUAGAUGGGUGGACGAGCUUUCAGCCCGCCUAGUGUUAAGUGGUUACCGGAGCCCUGCACCCCCUUCCAAGCGCAUUACUGCUUCGCGGCAUAAAUAGGCAAGGCGGUGGUACCUACCCGUACGGACUUACAAGACGUCCUACCACCAGUGGGUCCUACCACCACCCUGUUUUCCGAGCGCUAUGACAUGUUCUUCUUCAAACGAGGCUUGCGGAGAGUACUUUAUGGUAGGCAGCGGCUUGGCUCUGCCCCUGGCAUUGCUGACGUCCAUGGUCGACGGUGACCACUUACCAUCAGGUGGGCCGUACGCUCGUCUGCCUACAAAGGCAAUAAAUAAAUAAAAAGUAAAAAAGGUCCAGUAAAUCCGGGAUAGGAGUUUCUGCUGAUGCUUCGCGGCGUAGUCAAAUACACCCGGAUAUCAUGUUCUUGUCGAGGGUGAGGAGUUGUAGAAAGCUCGGGCCAAGGAUGAACCAUGAUGCCGUUAAAAUUACAUCUUAAUAUCUCUGGAAUACGUAAUUGGAUUAAGACCAAACACAAUAUGUCAUCGUUGUCAAACCAAAAUCUACUAUGUGCAUGCACUUUUUGAGAUUUUUCAUUUUUGAUCUUUUCGUUUAGUUCACAGCCCUAUCUAUAUCUAACGUAUAAAAAAAAACUGUUAUGUGUCUAUAGAUUUAAUAUUAAUACGCUUUUAUUAGCUUCAUACGUAUGUUAGUAUGUAACGGAAUCUUUGAACACAAUUUUGACCCCCUUCACAACGUUGGAUUAACUCGAAGUUUGGUAUACUUAUUAAGGACCGAUGAGAAUUAAAUAUUUAAAAAAAUAUUGAAAAUAAUUGAAAUUCAACAAAAAAAUAAAUAAUAGUUUCAAAAAAAACUAACAAAAUACGCUUUUAUAGAAAAUCCAACUAAAAAGUAGAAAAUAAAUUUUAAUAAAUUUGAAUUAAAAAUAAUGUAAGAAAAAAUGAUUUUAUUGUAAAAAAAGGGUGGGGUGCAUGGUAUCAGUAGUUAUAAAUAUUUUAUGAACAGAUAUGAGUAGAAGGGUUAUUUUGAUAAUAUCCUGAAAAGCACCCCACGCCCUUUUUUUACAAUAAAAUCAUUUUUUCUUACACUAUUUUUAAUUCAAAUUUAUUAAAAUUUAUUUUCUUAUUUUUUUAGUUGGAUUUUCUAUAAAACCGUAUUUUGUUAGUUUUUUUAAACUAUUAUUUAUUUAUAGCUUUCAUUUGAUAUUAUAGUUCUUCAAAAUUGAUCAAAAUUUUAUACGAAAAUGUUUUUUUUACUCGUUAAUUCAAAAUAGAGUUUUUGCACUUAGCAGAUUUUGGUUUGACAGCGACUAUGUUAUGAAAUAAAUAAUAUUAUUAUUAUUAUUUGAGAACUUGCACGCGCCAAUUAUGUUAGAAAAAUGUGUAUGUAAAUAUAUAGUUUUUUUUGUUGACUGAGUACCUCAAAAAAAUUAUACUAGAAAUGAGAUUCAUUUUUUUUUUGUUAUAAUUCACAGCAGUGCUUAUGGAAUAAAAUAAAAAUAAUAAAAAAUACAUACUUUUGUAAAAA